GCUCUAGCUGCCAUCUUGCGUCCCCGCGUGUGUGCCCCUUAUCUCAGCUGGUCUGCCCGAGACCCCCUGAGCGCCAACCCUAGUCCCCCGCGUGGCCCCAUUUCCGCUCCAACAAGAGGAAAGAAGCGAUCAUGAACCAGGAGAAACUCGCCAAACUGCAGGCACAAGUGCGCAUGGGUGGGAAAGCAACUGCUCGCAGAAAGAAGAAGGUGGUUCAUAGAACAGCCACAGAAGAGGACAGAAAACUUCAGUUCCCUUUAAAGAAGUUAGGGGAAAACGAUAUCUCUGGUAUUGAAGGGGUGCAUAUGUUCACAAACCAAGGAACAGUGAUCCACUUUCACAACCCUGAAGUUCAGGCAUCUCUGGCAGCGGACACUUUCACCCUCACAGGCCAUGCUGAGACAAAGCAGCUGACAGAAAUGCUACCCAGCAUCUUAAACCAGCUUGGUGCAGACAGUCUGACCAGUUUAAGGAGACUGGCUGAAGCUCUGCCCAAACAGUCUGUGGAUGGAAAGGCACCACUUGCUACUGGAGAGUUGGAGGUUGAUGAAGUUCCAGAUCCUGUGGAGAAUUUUGAUGAGGCUUCCAAGGAUGAAGGAAACGGAAUUGAGUCAGCUUCUGACGAGGAUAAAGCUUGA